CAUUUGCAACUAGCGGGGACCUUGCAUGCGUACUAGUAGAAGACUAGGGAAAUGGACCCCGCUGACGACGCUGGAACCGACUCCUCUACGGGAGGCAAAGCACCCCAAAGAGACCUAAUAACAUGGCACAUCUUUGUGAACCCCGCUUCCGGAAGCCGGUCAGGGACACAUAUCUGGGACACCAUUGUGCGUCCCGCAUUGGAAGGAGCUGGAUGGCGAAAGAGUUGCUAUGGAGAAGAGACGACCUUUGAAGAAACUUGCUUUCAAGUAACUUUUACUAAGCGUGGUAACCAUGCCGCCGAUACUGUGCGUGAAUUGGUUACGAAACGUCAAACCUUGGAGGGAUUAGGAUUUGUUUGUAUUGGUGGGGACGGAGUGGUGCACGAAGUCAUUAAGGGCGUCAUGUCGAGUAUUUCCACAUCGAACCCUCCAUCUUUGAAGGUUCCGAUCGCCGUCAUCCCCGCUGGCACAGGAAACGCUCUAGCAACAUCUUUAAAAUUGUCAUCACCCGAGGAGGCAACGGAGCGCUUGAUCAAUUAUAAACAAACGGUUCCUCUCAAAAUCAGCAGCGUUCAUAUCGGCCCGUCGACUUUGGACGAGUGUCCCGACGAGGUGCUGAUGUACAGCUUUUGUGUCGUGAGUUGGGGUUUACAUGCGCAGAUUGUCAGACAAUCCGAAACGUUACGGAUGCUAGGAAGAAAGAGAUUUCAGGUGGCUGCCAUGAUGAACAUUGCCCUGAUGCACCAAUACCGAGGACAACUUUACCUUCUUGAUCCAACAGAGCUCUCACAGACGGAUCCAGACCCUGUAACAUUCGCAAAGCCUGACUGGGCCGUGGAUGAAAAAUGGGUACCCGUUAACGGCAAGGACGAUGCAACAUCCUUUUCAUACUUUCUUAGUACAAAGAUGUCAUCCCUUGAACCAGGCUUUCAAAUCGCACCACAUGCUCAUCCUUCCACUUCUAAUAUCGACCUCGUCCUCGCGCCAUCCUUGAACCGCUCCCAAUUGUUACACUUUCUCCAAUCAACUCCCGCUAUUCCAGAGUACAUCCGCUACAUCAAGACACGAGGGUUUAAACUUGCUCCGUCUCAGUCCAGUGGCCGAAGAACAUCAUGGGUGCCAAAAGCUGGGAAGCUAGUACAUGACAUCUGUAUAGACGGAGAGAUGGUAGAACUAGAAAAUGGACAGGCAGUAUGGGUUAAAAUCCUAGAUGAAAGAGCGCAACUUUUCAAUGUAGUAUGCUGAAACUUUAGGAGGCUUUUUCUGGACUCUGAAGAUAAUCAAAUUACUCGUCAUGAUGAUUAUUCGUAAAUGGACAAACUUGGCAAAAAC